AUGGAUUGCGUAUCAAGUGUUCUUCCAAACGGAAUCCAUCUUAAGCUUAUGAAAGGUCCAAGAGGCGUUUGUUCUAUUGGUGCAGUCUUCCCAAUUGGUUCCAUUAAUUCGCCAAAGACAGCUGAUACUCAAGUUACAUUAUCUUCAAAGUUGGUCGAAUCUUUAAUUUCUCCAAAACAUGUUUUUAUGCAUCAGGUAUAUCCAUUUUUACAAGUAAAUCGCGAAUAUUCAUACUUAACCCUUCAAUUCCUUCCAGAGUCAACAACAUAUGCUAUCGAGAGUCUCAAACGCUUCUUAGAUGGUGCAGCUCCAGCUAAUACAACAUUUGAUCAGCAAAAGCAGCUGAACUACGCAGCAGAGCAAUUAGGUGAAUACAAUUUACUCGAAAAAUACAAAGAUCUUGUUUGCAUGUCAUCAUUUUCUAAUAAAUCAUACGCACACGGCAACUAUGCUUUACAAGGCGAGAAAAUUGACUUAAAUCCACAAAUUCUCAAAGAAAUUCCAAAGUGUACAACACUUGUUGGUUCAAUUGACAUGUACGAAGAGCUUGUUAAGCUUGGCGGCUCACUUUCGCCUUUCCCAAAGGUGAAAUUACACAUCACAUCUAAUUUCGAACCAAACCACGUCAACAAGAACGUCAAACAGUCAUCAUUACAAGGUUCCAAGAUCUCCAUGACGUCAUCCCUCUCCAUCAUGUCCCUUUCAUGGCCUUCAUGUGAGGCAAAAUCCGUAGAAGCACCAGCAUACGCCGUUUUAUCCAAAAUUUUUGGUGGCGGAUCUGAAUUUUCAUCAGAAGGUCUUGGUUCCGGUUUCAGCUCUCUCCUUUACACUAAAGUUGUUGGCGGAGUUGCCAGAUGUCACCAGGCAUACGCCUACAACAACUUCUUCACAACAGGCGGCCGAUUCAACAUCAACGUUGUUGCAGAAGACAGAAACUUAGUUAAAGCAGCACAGUUGGUCAGAGAGUGUAUCCAUUCAGUCGAAACGAUUGAGGACAAGAACUUGGAUGCCGCACGCGGUCUUGUUAUCACAGCAGGCACUAAAGAGUUGAAUGCAUCGGACAAACGAUUCAACGAGUUCGUCCGUUCUAGUUACUUAGGGUGCAAACCAAUCUACAGCUCUCAGUACAAGAAGUCAAUCAAAGAAGUUACAAGGAAGGCCGUCGAGAAAGCACUUAAACAGACAUUUAGCUACAAACCUGCCGUUGCCGUUUAUGGCCCAGCAGUUCCAAACGAAAUCGCAAAAGUUUUCGAAUAA